CUACCACUAUUAGGUACGACAUUACAACGGGUAUUUCCUUAAAGACGAAAAAAUGGGCCGGAAUAACUGUUCUGUGCCAGAAUUUCACAUGUAUAUCUAUGGAUGUCUAUGGAUAUGGUUUAUCUGCUAGAAUGUCAACAAGCUCUUGGCAUGAGGAACAAUGCAAUCUCUCAUGGACAUAUUAGUGCCUCUUCGCAAUUCGAUGCAGACCAUGCCCCCUUCCAUGGCAGACUGAGAUUUAAAGAGGGUGCUGGUUGUUGGUCGCCAAGCUCAAUAGAUGCCAAUCAGUGGCUCCAGGUGGACCUUGGAAGUAUUUACACUAAAGUGACAUGCGUAGCAACACAAGGAAGACACAGUCAAAAUCAAUGGGUUACCAAGUACAAGUUACAGUACGGUGACGAUGGAGUGAAUUUCCAGAUCUACACGGAAAAUGAACAAAGCGCAGAUAAGGAGUUUGCUGGAAACACAGACAAGGCCAGUAUUGUUAAGAACGAUUUAAACCCGCCGAUCAUUUCACGCUACAUUCGUUUUCUACCAAUAGCCUGGCACGACCAUAUAUCAAUGAGGGUAGAGCUCUAUGGCUGUAUAGGUAUUGUGGCAAACCGUUCUUCCCGACAAGCUCUUCCGGGAAUCUCGACUUCGGACUUUGAUUCAGACGUCGGACUUCUCACGUGUCGAACCUAA